UGAGGAAGGUGUUGAUGGCGCACGACAGCAACGCGGCGACAACAACAAUCCAACAACCACAACAAACCCACGCACACACCACGCACACACCACACCCCGCACCAGCGCGAGCGAGAGAGCGAGAGAGGGAGCGAAGGGCUGACGAGAGCGUUUGUUUGGACGAGAGAGAAUGCACAGGAGAACAAGCAGCAGCGGCGGGAAUGGCGGCGGUGGCAUGAGCGAUAGGCGAGCGGAUGCUCCUGCUGUCACGCCGAUGGUGGAGGCCGAUGAUGCUGAUGGUGGUGGGUUUACCAACGCGUUCCGCAACACGCAUCACAGCAGCAAUGGUGCUGGCAACAGCAAUUCCUUUCAUCACCAUCAUCAUCAUCAUCAUCAUCAGCAUGGCAGCUCGAGGGCCACGCGCAGCGCCCACUCACGUAACUCCUCGCGCCACUCCGUUGGGUCCUCGCACUCGGCCUCGUCCCCGCCGCCCUCGCGCUGCGGCUACACCGCGACGUCCACGGGCCCAACAUCGCCCACGUCCCUGGCGCAAACGCCGUCUUACCCAGCGUCUUCCGAGUCCUCCGCCUCGUUCCACUCGCCCGCAACCACGCCGCUCCUCUCCGUCGCUGUUGGUGGUGUUGGUGCGGGAAGAGGCCACAGGACGUCGGCGUCAGCAUCCUCCUCUGCGUCGUCGCCGUCUGCGUCGUCGCCAUCGUCCCCGGCCUCUGGCUACACGGCGUCCUUUGCUGGCCCGCUGCUGGCGUGGUUCCGUGGCGACCCGCACCGCUCGCGGCGCCGCGCGCUCAUCGGCGUCGCCUUUGUGGUGCUGCUGGUCGUGGUUGGCGUGGUGCGCAUGGGCAGCGGCUCGGACGAGGUGGAGUAUGAGCUGGCGCGGCAGCAGCGCUCCUACGACAACCAGCCGCCCAUCCUGCAGCAGCUGGCGCCGGGCUGCCCGGAGUUCCAGCUGGGCAUCAACGUCUCCUACGCACGCAAAGGCCCCAAAAUCCUCGUGUCCUCUGGCGCCUACAACAACAUUGUGGACGGCGUGUCCAAGACGCUGAACAGGCUGGUGGGAGAGCUGCAGCAGCGCGAUUUCCAGGUCAUUGUCAUCGCGCCCACGGGCGACGUGCCGCUCAUGGAGCACCAGGGGCUGCUGUAUCCGGCGUACUCCGUGUCGGUGCCCUUCCGCCCAGAGUACCGCCUGGCGCUGGGCCUUGACUCGUGCUCGCGGCAGCUGUUUGAGGCCUUCAAGCCCGACAUUGUGCAUGUGGCGACGCCAGACUACCUCGGCCACCAGGUGCAGCGGUGGGCCAUUGAGCACCACAUCCCCGUCGUGUGCUCAUACCACACGCGCUUCAACUCGUACCUCCCCUACUACCUCGGCCACAACCAGCUGCUCUCGUCCGUGGACUCGGCGCUGUGGACGUGGAUGCGCGCCUUCUACGGCAAGUGCCAGCACACGUACCCGCCCACGCCAUCCGUGGCAGAGGAGCUCGCGGACCACGGCGUGAAGACAGACCUGAGGCUGUGGCCGCGUGGCAUCGACCUGAGCAUGUUCAACGUGGAGGCAAGGUCGCCUGCGCUGCGGGAGCAGUGGGGCGCAGCGCCCCGCACCACGGUCGUGCUCACCGUGUGCAGGCUGGUGUGGGAGAAGAACCUGCAGGAGGUGAUUGAAGCGCUCAAGCUGAUGGAGCAGCACAACGAAGACUUUGUGGCGGUGGUGGUGGGCGACGGGCCCGCGCGCCCCGCCAUGGAGGCCGAGCUGCCGCACGCCGUGUUCAUGGGGUUUCUCAACGGCCGCAACCUCUCCACGGCGUUUGCCAGCGCCGACGUGUUCUUCUUCCCGAGCCUGACAGAGACGUGGGGCGCCGUCACGCUGGAAGCGAUGGCGUCAGGUCUGCCCGUCGUGGUCGCAGAUGCGCCCGGCAGCAAGGAGCUGGUGGAGGAUGGCAAGACGGGGUACAUUAUCGAGUCUGGCAAGCCCCACCGCUGGGCCAACGCGCUGACAGAGCUCAUCUACAAGCCGCAGCUGCGCGAGGAGCUUGCCGCCAAUGCGCUGGAGGUUGUGCGCAAGAGCGGGACGUUGACCUGGCGACAUGCCACGGACAUGCUCGUAAGCCACUACCGCGACCUCCUCGACCCGCACCGACGAUACGCAGAGCUCUUUUCCGUGCCAACCGCAGAGGCGUGAGCGACAACGCGCGCUGCAGUGGUUGGAUGAUGGCUGGAGAAGUAUAUGGUGUAUGCACGGUGGCUGGAGGGUGCUUUUGUUGGCUGGUUUGGUUUGGUUGGUUGUGUUGAUAAUUCUUUUUGUGUAAUCAUAUGUGUAUGGCUAGCUCUGCUUGGCACACGUGUUCUGCGUGUGCGCGUGCGUGUGGGAGUGAGUGGAGCAUGAGUGUGUGUGUGUGUGUGUGCGUAUAUUCGCUUUCUUUUUCUCUCCUGCAUCCUAAUUGACCCAGUUGUGUGUGUGUGUGUUGUCUGUGUCUGUCUGUGUAUCAUUUCAUUGAACAUAUGGGGUUGAUCGCCU